AUGGGUAGAAAAAAAUAAUAAGAAAAUGACAUUGAGUUCCCUUGCAAAAGUUUUGCGUUACCUUGCGGAAGCCCUACAGGGCCAUGGGUAGAAAAACUCUCUCCUGUACCAUCGGCAAAAUACCAAACAAUACCUUGUUACAAUUUUACUUUUUAUAAGAAGAUUAUAGGUGGUGGUGGCGCGUAGCUAAAAUCCUCCGGCUCUGGCUCCAAACUCUACUCUUUCUUUCUUCCUCUGUCUCCAGUAGAGGUGCUGUGGAGCUUUGGAAUGGUCUGUACUGGGACUACUGGGACUACACAGCUCCUGGAGCCUCAGUCUGCUCAGUUUCUUGUGUGAGUGUGGAGACAGAACAGAAUGAGCGGGUUUGGCCCUUCGUCCUCUGCGCUGCGGACACAGCUGCUGCUGGCCUCUCUGGCCCUGUUGGCCGGAGUGUGUCUAGGCCGAUCAGAUGCUCCCAGAGGAGUCUCCCUGCCUUUUGUCUUUGACGUUAAAGCAGUGUGUGAUCCACCCUGUAACCAUGCUGGACUCUGCAUCCGAAACAACACCUGCUACUGCUCACAGGGGUACGAGGGAGAGACCUGCCAAUAUGCAAACUGCUAUCCAAAGUGCAAAAAUGGAGGGGAAUGCCUUCGACCUGGAAAGUGUAGAUGUCCUCCAGGAUUUGGAGGAAAAUACUGCCACAAAGUGAUGUGUGAUGGCGGCUGCUGGAAUGGUGGCGACUGCACUGCUGUGAAUGGAGUGGCCAAGUGCAUCUGUCCGUCAAGCUGGACUGGCUCCAGAUGUCAAGAUGCUAUCUGUCCGCAGGGCUGCAGGAAUGGAGGCAGCUGCGUGGCCCCAGGAAUCUGCAGCUGCCCAGAGGGGUGGCUAGGGGGAGCCUGUCACACAGCUGUGUGUAAGAAGCCAUGUCGGAAUGGGGGGAAGUGUGUGUCUCCUGACACCUGCCGCUGUCGCUCUCCGUUCUCCGGACCCCAGUGUGAGGAGAGGAAAAAACUCUUCUAAGCAUUCUCUCCCCCACUAAUACUGGUGUUUCUUCAAAAUGGUGCUAUUCCUUUGUGUGUUCUUUUAUCUUAUGAUGAUAUCUUGUGUUAUGUGUGCUGUGGAACUCAAUAUUUCCUUUUAUUUGCAGUAACUGAGAAAGUGUGUGUGUGUGUUUGUGAGAAAGAGAAUUUGGAUUUUAAUGUACUACAUAUAAAAACUGAUAUACAUAUGUAAAACAA